GGGACAUAAAAUCUUAGAAGAGUUGGUUUUGGUAAUUCGUGUAGCCGAGAGAUGCUAGAUUGCUAGGGAUGUUUUUACUUGGACUCGAAUUUGUCGGUUUGGUCUAGUCUGGUCUGAUCUCAACUGCUCUGAUCUCAACUGCUCUGAUAUGAUCUGAUAAUAGACGCUUAAUGGGUUAUGUACAAGAAGCAAGAGAAAAUCACGUCAAGAAGAAGGUUGAAGAAGCUCUGCGUAGCAAAAUGAAGCAAAAGGCGCUAAAAGAAUGUGAUGAAUAUGCUGCAAAGUAUGCUGAAUGUGCAAUUGGUAAAACACUAUCUGUGGUUUGGAAAUGCCGCAAACAGGCUAAAGAAUUAAAUAACUGCCUUCAUCAGUUCACAAACGACGCCGUCUUGGAAAAAAUGAAGAAAGAGUACACACUUCAGGAGGAGGCCAAGGGGCCUAUGCGAGUCCAUAUAAAUGAGCUCAUUCAAUGGAAAAACAGAAUAAUGGAGUUUAACCAUCAGGAACCUGGAGAAUAUGCUCAUUUAGUGCAGCCAUAUAAAUUAGCUCAUUGAGUGUAGCUGGUGUUUCCUGUUGCUUCACCUUCACAUGCAAAUCCUCAAUCUCCCUGUUCAAGCAAACAAGGAUUAUGAAAUUAAUUACUUCAUAAGGAUCUCCAAUUAUUGGACAUACAAGAGAUUGGAUCAGGUGUGAGGCAAUCGCCGGGCUUCCAACCAGGGGGUGGGAUCCAAUAAGGAUCACUCACGCCAGCUUCCUUCCUCACAUUGACCAAAUCAGCACUCUCCAACCAAUACUCCAUGGCUCCAUCUGCAUUGUGCCUUCUACGGAACCGCUCGGUCCCACCCGGUGCAACCUUACCUGCCAUGUGCUUAAGGAGGUGGUCUAGCAAUCCGGUAUCCCCAAUGCGCUUUCUGGCUUCUGUUCUUAGUUCUGGCCGAAGGAUUGGGUUGGUUGCUGUUGCUUCUUUCCCCCUCAUCACCUCCAGAAGGUGGCACUUCAUCAUCAUCUUCACCAUCAUCUUUGAUAAUGCUGGAAGUAGAUGACUUUGCAUUGUUGAUGUGAUUGUCUUCAUGCCUCCUUAGAAACCUGACUUGGCGACGCACUCCCCAACGAACCAUCCCAUUAACUUUGAGUUCUGACAAGCACACACCCUUGCUGGAAGUAGAAUCAUCAUCCUGAGAAAGGUGAUGCUGAUCUAUUGAAGCAGAAAUUGAAUCCACCACCCAGAAGCUUUCAAGAUGCUUCUUUUCUGCAAACUCUUGAGUUGGAACUUGCCUGAGAAGUACUUUAUCAGCCAGAGCAGUCCCCAUUACAAACUUCUCAUCCAAAGCUGGAUACAUUUCUCUCAUGCUAUUAGAGAAAUAUAUAUGAAGUGACUCCAAACUUGGAUACCUUACUGCCACAUUCAAGGCUGUUUUCUCACUCACCUAAUAAGAAUUCAAAAAUAUUGGAUGUGUUUAUUAAAUAAUUUACAAAACCAA